ACACAUAAUAACUACCAGUCCAUGCAUAAGGACUGCAGAUAACACAUCGAUAAUAUUGUUUAUAUUGACCCUGUAUUCGACCCCACGAUAAUACAUCUCGGAAUUUCGUUAUUUGACGGCGUGCACGCAAAAUAGUGAGACGAUUUGAAUCAUGGAUUUAUGAUUGUGACCAGGAAGAUGGAUUGGUGUGUUAUAUUUGUGGUUUUGUGUUGUACCAGCGUCGGUUAUGUGUCUGGAAAUUCGCUAAAAGACCCUUAUAUCUGUGGACAACCGUCGUGCGCACCUUCACAAAAAUUCAAAUAUCUGCCGGACGUGAUCUAUCACUACGAAUACAAAGUGAAUGUGGAAACUUAUUUCAAUGGAUCCAGCAACAAUCGCUCCACCCUUGACAUUAAGGCAGCCGCGAAACUCCAAUUUGUGAGUCCCUGUGAAGGACUCCUUCAAGUGAAUGAUGUCACGCUCAUUGAUCAAGAUGAGAACUACCCUGUUGAGAGAGCUGAAAACUUCAUACAUGCCAUCUCACUCUACGACCUCAGGUUCGCAUUCCACGAUGGGGUCAUAUCUGAGAUCUGUCCAGAUGAGCGGGAGGAGGAUUGGGUGCUCAACUUCAAACGUGCUAUACUGUCGCUCCUUCAGAAUACAAUGACCAGAUUCGACAUCAACUUCAAAGGCACUGAGAAAGACAUCCAUGGAACCUGCAACGUGGAGUACAGCGUGCGCGCGCAGCAGAACACGAGCCUCAUACUGGUGAAGACGAGGGACCUGGCGCUCUGCGCCAACAGAUACAAAUACACGUCUAUACUGCAGACCGUGCGGUAUGACUUCCAGAGCAAAUUCCAAACUUGGCCAGUGCUAAAAUCUGAAAGCAAGUGCCUUAUCACGGUAGACCACUACACGUAUAAACGAGUGAACUGCCGCGAACGACACCUGUUCGAGCCGUUCUCGGGCAGGAACUCGGGAGCGAUGACCACCGUCACGCAGGACCUGGUGCUGAAGGACGAAUUCAACAAGACUGACGCUGAGAUCAUGGAGGCUCAGCCUAUAACUUGGAAGGUAAUAGAGAAACGUUCGAAUCUCUUACACUACCACACGCCGUAUAUUAAGACUGAGACGGGCAACCUCAAGCCAGCUAGGGAUGUGCUCAAACUUUUGUGCUUAGUGAAAUCUCCGACAUCGGAAGAGACGUCGGUGCUGGAGCGCAUGGACAGCAGCUCGGCGGUGACGCUGUGGGGCGCGCUGGUGCGCGCGGCGCGCGCGCUGCACCGGCCCGCGCUCGCGCUGCUGCUGGCGCGCGCGCCGAUCUGCGUCAGCGCCAGGAAACACAUUCUCGACGCGUUACCGUACAUAGCGAGCGCGGGAUCAGUGGAGCUGAUAAAGGACAUGAUUGUGAACAAUGAAGUUGACGGGGAGACCAGACACGAGUGGCUCAUGUCCAUGGCUAUGAUACCCAGACCCAAAAAAGCGAUGUUGGACAGCAUGUUGGAGUUACUGCAGAAACAGAAGAACGACAAAGUUGUCAGUUUCACUGUAUCGUCCAUGGUGCACUCGUAUUGUAGAAACAGCGGGAAAUCGUUACGGCAGUGCAGCGAAGAAGAGACUCUGCAGAAGAUUCUAGAAGAGUUCCAGAAAAUCGUCAACGACAUUGUGGCUAAAGGGCUUCUUAACAUCGAAAGGCAAGAUAGGGAUAAUCUGGUGAUCGCCAUAAAAGCGCUCGGUAACAUGGGCUCCUUCAAGCAAGAGUUCGCAGACGUACUAAUGAAUAUUAUCGGCGAUUCUUUGGUAUCGAUUCCCAUUCGAUUGGCCGCUAUCGAUGCUUUCAGGAGGACGCCUUGCUUUGAAACUAGAGAAUAUUUCUUAGAAACAUUCCGUGAAGACUACGUGCACGUUGAAAUCCGUCUGGCUUCUUAUUUACAAGUGAUGAGGUGUCCCACACUCUCUAUCAUUAGGAAAAUAUUCCACGCACUGAGGAACGAACAUGUCAAUCAAGUGGCAACAUUCGUCUGGUCCCACCUUAACAACCUAGGUCAAUCGUCCCUGCCUUCCCGUGUAGAGAUACAAGGUCUUCUGUCAGGGAACACAAUGCCGCAGUUGGAAGACAACCCUGAUUUCAGGAUGUUCAGUCGGAAUUACGAGCAGAGUGUGUUCUUCGAUCAGUAUAACGCAGGUGGGAAUUACGAAGCAAACGUAAUAUUUUCGCCCGACUCAUACAUACCGCGGUCCGUGUCACUUAAUUUGACUGUAGAUAUGUUUGGAGAGUCGAUCAACAUUUUUGAGAUGAAAGCCCGCGGCGAAGGCUUUGAAAGAUACUUCGAAGCAUUCUUUGGCAACAACGGACCCCUAAGCAAAUCAAAAAUACACGAGCACGUUGACAAACUCCGCUUUUUCCGUUCCGCCAACGACGCAGACGACGUGCGGGGUAAAAUCGACGACUUGAACUACAAAAACGAAGCUCUUAAGCACCGUUUUCCUAUGGCAGAGUUGGGGAUUAAGGUUUUCGGGAAUGAAAUCUCGUUUUGGAGUGCUGAAGGAGACGAUGAGAUAAGGAAGUCUUUGGAACGGUUGAAUCCGCAGUUGAGAGUAUUAGAAAUUUUAUCCGGAAAGGAAAUUUCCUACGACAAAGCGUCCCUAUUCCUGGACACGACAUUUUCCGUGCCAACCGGUUGUGGGCUGCCGUUAAAUAUGAAUCUCAUGGGAACUAGUUACGUCAAUACUAAAAUGUCUGGUACUGUCAACGAUAAAUAUAAGCAAUCGGGACAUUUGGACUUUGAAGGGAAGAUCAGACCCAGUAUCGCAGUAAACAUAGCAGCGACGAUGGGAGUCGUGGCCGGUGGCUUAGCUUCCAGUGGUAUACGUCUCAACUCUCGCCUUUACACCGCGACUGAUGUCGAGGCGAAGCUGGAGUUGAGGGGACUCGGGAAAGUGAGAUUGGACUUGUCCUUGCCUACUGAUAAACAGGAGAUCUUUGCUGCUAAGUCCGAACUGAUAAUCCUGCACGGGGAUCAAGAGCUCCAACAACAAGGGCUGAAUAAGAACAGAAUCGAACAGAACACAUGCAGUUGGAGUACCUUUGACAAGGCUAUAGGGAUCAAAGUGUGCGCUUCUUACCAGUUCCCCGAUAUGACAAAUAUUCAAAACGCUCCAUACUUUCUCAUGAGCGGACCAGCUAAAUACAUAGUAUCUUUGGAGAAAGCUGAUCCUUCAGCAAAAACUUAUGCCUUCCAAUACCAGUGGGAUAGGAAUGAGACAGCCAAUGUUAUUGGUUUCUCUUUCGACACUCCUAACAGCAAGGAAAAGCGAAUGUUCAACGCGGCACUAACCCUCUCUAACACCACAAGUACGGCAUUGCUGUCCAUGCAAUCGGCCAAAAGUACAUUAAAAGCUAAAGCCUUAUAUCGAAAUCUUCCACAUGAUAAGUCUGUAGAAGCUAGUUUGGAUGUAGAUGGAAGGAAACAGUUCGAUACAGUCAUGUCGCUGAAGAGACAGGAAAUCAGUCAUGGAUUUGUAUGGCUACCUCAUGCGUAUUGGGUGGUUGAUAAUGAAAGAGUUGCCGAGUUGUCGGGUUACUUCAAAUUUAAGUCAAAAGGCGGAGUCACACAAUGCGACAUAGUAGCAGAUUUCCAAACCAAACAAUUAGCUUCUCACCUCUCCGGCUACUACACUAUGAAUGGACCAACCCACGGCACUAAGCUACAACUCGACUACCAGUUCUAUAAGAAUGCUAAACAGUCUGUCAAAAUUGAGGGCGUAUAUUCUGAGAGGUCCAUCGCGUAUAGGCACGAUCUUUACGGAGAGUUGUCUAUGGAAUUCUCGGCGUAUCCCGUUUACAAUUUUUAUGCUGUGUUCAAUGAUUUGAAUACACAGAACCACAUAGAUAUAGGUCUUAACGUGAGCGCCUCUCGAGCGCAAAAAGACGACCCCGCUUUUGUGUUCUCAUUCGUUCAGUUGGAGAAACUGAACGGAAUGAAGUUGGACACACAACUGCUGCUCAAACGGCCUAAAUUAAUCGACUUGAAGUUGGCUUAUGAACAGAUCGGAUCCAAAUACUCUGCACUGGCUUUACUAAACUUCAACCCGAAAUCCAGGGAAAUUAUCCUGUCAGGCUAUGUGUUCUGUCCGCCUGGAACUCAGUUAUACGUGGACGGACAACUCAACAUGACGUUACCCACGUUAUACCCCGCUACGAUCACUGCCAAGCUUAUUGAGAAACAACCUAGUGAAUAUCAGGUAAACGCAGCAGGCAUAUGGUUCACAGGCGUGGAUUUCAACAUCGACGCGUUGUACCAAGACCAGUCUAAAACCAACCUCGCGUCGCAUCGUCUGAAGACCCUUAUAAACAGCAGUCAUUUUAAAGAUAUAGCUGUGGACGCGAGGUUUACUCAAGAUAAUAGACAAGUCACUUUUAUUGGACAGGGCGAAUACAAUGAUGACAAAUACCGCACUCUGAUCCGCUACAUAUUGCUCUCGAAGCAAAAUUUCACCGCUUACGGGGAAGUGGACAUCAGCGGCAAAGCCUACAGUGUGAGCCUUAAUGCCGACUUGAAUAACAAUACUGAUCUCACGAUGGACGUCCAUAUUGACCAACUUCGCGACGUCCACGUGUCGUACGCGCGCUGGUCGUCGGCGGCGCACAGCCGCCUGCGCGCGGCGCUGCACUGGGACGCCAACCGCGACCCCUCGCAGCGGCUCAGUCUCGACGUGUCUCUCGACAACAAGGGUCCCUUGCACUAUGCAGGUCUACUUGCCUUGUAUUACCCGGGGCAUUUGCUCAACGGCGAACUCGAGUUUUUACUAAGAGAUUGGUAUUGCGAAUGGCUGAUCCGCAUGGGCUGGGCCAGCGACACGGCCAUAGACUGGCGCGUCAAAAUGUAUUCCGAAGCUCACGAGCAGACUGUAUACGCUUUGUUAUCCAGUAUGCACACGCCUUUUGCUGGCUGGAAGGACACGAGUUUUAAUCUUAUGUGGCGCUACCACGAUAACCUCCAAGCCCUUAACGGCAGCAUGAGCUGGCAAGAAGACUACCUCGCCUUCAGUCUCCUCGCAGACUACCUUUUUAAAACCAACGAAUUCUUUGGAGAAAUCAACGCAGUGGUCAACUCGACUAUACCCACUUUACCCCGGGCGGCGGCCAUAGCGAAACACAGGGUUGUGUGGAAGAAGAGCGCUGACACUUUGCUCAGUUUCCAGUACAACGACGAAGGACUGUUGAUGAUAAACUCAUCUUGGACUUUGGACAGAGGUCGCACUGAGAACAACGUUACCGGCAGAGUCGCUUUGAUAUCACCUUUCCAGGGCUACACAAACGGAUUCCUUCGCACGGAGUUCGUCUUUGGACACAAGCGAGAUAUUAAAGGCAUAUCGUACGUCAAAUUAGAAGAUAAAGUUCUCAAGAUUUAUGUUGAUGGAUACAUGCGGCGUAUAACAAACUGUAUGUUAGUAGUAAAUGUGACUCGUCCUGAAAGUGAUGUGAAGCCGACCACGGCCAGAUUUGGCUUCGUGGAACGAGACAGGCAUCUUGUAGCCAUGCUUGCUACUCCUAAUUCCACUACUGGUAUCGAGGUCUUAUUAAAACUGCAGACUUUCCAUGACUUCCACGUUUUCGGCCACAUAGCUCUGCCCAUACAAUAUCUUAACCGAGCUAUGAUCACCGCUAAACGAGCAUCGGAAGAGCUAGAUUUUAGGGUAGGGUGGGGCACAAUGGAUUUCGGUUUCACCGGCAUAUGGCACUACCAGUCACCAAUCAACUUCGUUUACGUGUACAAAUUGUAUACGCCGCUGGAAGGGUUUGAAGAAAAUGGAUUGGUGUUGAAAAAUGUCUACGGAAAUGGAUUGGAUACUGAGUUAUCUGUGAGAUUGUCUAAACAUAAGUUUGGCAUUGCAAUACUUCUCGUCGACUCGGGCAAAGGUUUACUAGAUGUGUUACAAGACCAAUUCAAACACAACGCGACACUCAACGGAGACAUGUUUAUGGAGAACUUUGAUACUAAAGCGAGCGUAAUUUUGGACACAAUAUACUACCCUACUAUCACUUUUCAUGCGCAUCUUAUGAAGUUCGUAGGUAUUGAGGACGAGGAUAUUUUGGAAGUCAACGCCACUUUACAUCUACCACAAGGGCCUAUAGUUUUGACAGACGUCUUCAUUUUAGAAACAUACACAGAAAUGAGAAACACACUAAACCUAAUGACGCCGUUCCAAUCUGUCAAAGAACUGAAGUCUGUGUACACUGUGGACAUCAUACUGGGCGAGAAAAUCAACGUGUCGUGCCUAGUGUUGAUGUACAAUGGCACUUAUUGGCAUGAGGUGUCAUACAAAAUCUUCUACGAAUACGAGACUGGCGAAGAUGAUACGUAUGAGUCCUAUAUCGCUUCAGUUGGUAUCGUGACGCCUUUGGCAGUGUUGCCAGCAUUGGAAUCCAAAGUGUCCGCUAGAUUGGAAGACGCUUUAUGGAAAAUGGCUGCCGAUAUUACUAUGCCUUCGUUCACUGUCACUGCCGUGGCUAAAUUAGAGUUGGACGAUCCCUUCGUCGAAACUUCUGGAAGUCUAAACUUAACGUCUCCGUUCCUGGACGACUACUGCAUCAAAUUGGAGUUCAAAAAGGACUUUUCUGACAGCGAGAAUGUUAUAUCUGGCGGCGUGCGCAUCAUACAGGGCAGCCAUGAUAACUACCUGCACGGCGAGGCGGCGUGGUCGCGCGCGCGCGGCCGCGUGUCGGCGCACGCGGCGCUGGCGCGCGCGCUCGCGCCCGCGCGGCUCGCGCUGCAGUACUCCGACGAGAGCGAAAGCGAAACGUCCAUUUCUCGCUCGGUCACUGCUGAUUUCUCAUGCUCCGAUGUCUACUACUCAGUGAAAGCUGAUCAACGCCCGGCGGCCAUUAGUGUUGCCGUUUCUAGCCCUCAUGAAGGGUUCAGGGCAAUGAAGAUAAUAAGCGAAUUCAAAGGUGACAAUAUAACAGGUACAUUCAUCACUGAGAAUAACGAAUAUGAUAUUUCUGGAAGAGUCACCAAUAAGGAGCCGUUAGAGGUAAUCGUAUCACUAGUACCAAAAAGCGGAGCCGAGAAAACUACGCUGAAACUUAAGAUGGAAAACACAAAGACUGUGUAUUCUGUGUCCGCGACUUGUUCCGGAGGAAUCAUGUUGUCGAUGCAAGCGAGGGCCGAGUUUGAGGCCAAUUAUACCGAUUUGUCACUUAAGGUGGAUUCUCCUCAAAUAAGCAAGGAGCCUAUAACGCUGAAGUCUCACGUAGAUAUCUAUUCUAAUCUACACCGAGCAAUCAAGUUGCAGGCAGCCACACCUUUGCCGAGGUUAAAAACUCUGAAUGCCGAUGCUGAUUUUGUAUUCGCCCCGAAAACUGGUUUCCUUCUGUGUCACUACAGCGUGCCAGAUAUGAAAGGUGACGGAGACUUAAAGUGGAGUUUCUUGCUUGGAGAUCUUUUUGUUAAGGCAAUCGGUCACCAAACUGUGGAAAAUGAACAGAAGAGUAUCGAUCUGGACAUUUACUUUGGCAACAACACCGUCAAGGAUUUGCCGAUGACCCACGCUGGAUUCAGAAUGGACUUGGAUCGAAUUUGGCAAAUCGGCGCCAACGCUUCCUUCGGCUACAUAAUGGGCAACAAACUCAAUCUAAUCAUCAAUGCUAUCUUACCAAAACCGAAUGUCGACGUCCAUACGCUGUCCAUUGCUGGCGAUCUAGGCACCAACACUGUUCCUUUGAGGACUUUAGAUGCAGUGUAUAAGACUGAUGUUACGAAGAUCAUUACCGGUAUUAGUGGCAAGGUGUUAAUGCUACCAGAGAGUUUCGACACAAACUCUACAAUAACCUGGACUUCGAACUCCCUACACAAGAAUGUCGACAACAAAGUCCUAUACAAAUGGGACCAGACGGGGGCACAUUUCGUAGACUAUACGCUCAAAUCGCCGUUGUAUGAAGGAGAUGAUACGUUUAAACUAAAAGGGUCGUAUCAGGAGGAUUUGGUUCAUAAAUACCAUAUUGUCAAAGGUUUGAUGUACCAACCAGGCCACAGCCAGAUCGGCGAGUUGGACCUCAGAUACGGCGGAGUGAGACACACAGACGGACACUUUAACCUCAGCACACCAUUCCAGCGACUGCCGUGGCUCAAGUCUAUAUUCGAUAUCAACAACGUAGAAGAGUACUCAGAUAACAAAGUAGAACUAUUUUGGCCUAACAAAACAUCUUCAGUCAACAACACCCACCACUACACCAAACAAGACAACGGCUUCAUCCAACACGGCGUGAUAUCGCUUUCCGUUCCAUUGAACACUCAACACAUGGUCGGCACAAAGUAUUACUACAUACAGAGCGAGGGAGGCAGCAAUGGUAACGCGACAGUUGAUUUCGAUCGAGAGAGGUUCGUGAAGGCAUCAUUUAAUCAGGUCCUAGGUAAGAGCGAAAGGAAUCUAGACCUCGCGACGACAAACAUCGAAGUGGAAAAUGCGCAUACGCCGCUUGGAGUCAAGUACUUUCACGAAUAUGAUGAAUCUGGCAACACUGACGUAAAACAAGCAACGGUAUUCCACCUGACAAACGCGACAAAAUUCAACGUAACAGGAAAAUUAGACGUUUACACAUACGAUAUCGGGAAGAAUCUCAAAUUUACGGCUAUACACGGAGACAGGACCUGGACGUUUGAGAACGUUUACGAAGCUGUGGAUAAGAGGUUGAAGCAAGCAAGUAAAAUGAAGUGGGCUGAGGAUGUGUGGAUCAGUUACGAUAUACAUGUCACUAAUAUGACCGUGGAUGACAUCGAAUCCCAACAAUUAGAAAUGAACGUAUUCUACCCGCUCCGUUCAUUCAGCCUUGACGCCAUCUAUCAUCUCCAGGACACGGCUUUAGACGGCAGAGCGUUGCUCACUUGGGACCUACAGAGGGGGAAUAAAUCUGCGGAGUUGAAGGGAAGGUGGCAUAGUCCACAGAAUAAUGAGGGCAGUCAGCAUAAUGUCGAUUUGUCUCUUUCACAUCCCUCUUUUAGAAAGGACGUAAUCCUAAAGGGCAACUAUCUAAGCACACCGGCAGUGAUGUCCAACGUGUCUCUUGAGCUACAAUACUCUGAUUACGAGAACGAAUAUCUCAAACUCAAGUCCAUACUAACGGACAACUCAAACGGACCAAUCAGAAACUACAAAUUCGCGCUCAAAUGCACCCAUCCGUCGACUAACUUGGAUCUGGACAUGAAAUCCGACAUCAAUAUACAGAGUCGAUGGUAUUAUUUCAACAAUUAUUACAGAUUCCAGAAGUCGUUGCUGUAUGAGAAAUUGAGGUCGAACAAACUGCUGAUAGAUAUGAAUAGGAGCGCUGUAAAAUGGGAGCGUCAAAACGAGACCUACUACCAUAAAGCGAAUGGAACGUGGGACCUCACGUAUCCGUACUACCGUCUCAUAGCCUCAGUCCACCGACCCACGGGCAACAACACUGGAGCGGCUACCCUGUCCCUGAAGGAUAGGUCUUUGGUCGCGCACUUCAAUAGUACCGAUGAUAUAUCAUACCACUUAAUAGGUCGAAUUAUAGACACGCGAUCAGCUCGCCUUGAUGCCUGGCGCGACUUCGAUGACGUCACUACAGUCGAUCUUGCGUCUUACAUUCGCCUAAAUCAUUCUAGACUCCUAACCAGUUCUAUAAUAUGGCGUCCUGAAAUAUUUAGCGAAGUCAAGUCCCAAUUCGUUUAUACAUUAAAAUCUAUGUACGGGCAAGUCAACGAAACUCUAGUCAUUAUUAAAGAAAUGCCUAUGGAAGCUCAUUUGGCGCUUAGAAACAUUUGGUCCGAUGCCAAACCUCGUAUAAGAGAUUUCUUAGAUGAUUUGAAUGAUCUACAUGUAAUCAAAGAUGAUUUGGAUGAUUUUGAGAGAUUUUUGAACGAAUCUUAUGGAAAAAAUGACUUUUAUGUCAAAGAUAUUGUCGAAUUUACAUACUAUGUGUUAGACGAAAUGGCCAUAAGGAACCAUCUAGAGAGUCUUCCUGGUAUAGUUAAUGACAUGUGGGGCAUGAUGGGGAAUACAAGUCAAUCUAUAAAACAGAGUUUGAUAUACGUAGCUGAAACUAUAAAAAAGGCUUACUCAAACUUUUUAGAGUCUGUUAACAAAGCUUUAGAAGCAGAUUUCAUGGAACUAGUUUCAGAUAGAUUGGAAGCAAUGAUUUUGCAAUACGACAACUUCGUCAGAGAUAUGCAUAUGAGGUUGUUGGAAUAUUGGGAAGAAACUUGGGUGAACGCGACUACAAGAUUGUCGAAUUACUGGCAGGAAUUACUAAAAUCUAUAGAGCCGUUGUUCUUCAAAAUGUUGCACUACACGGAAUCUUUUGUGGUGACAAUUUGGCGCGGUGUGAUGGAUUUCUUCUACAAUAGAACACAAGAAUUGACGGACUCGCCGUAUUUCAACUAUGUGUCCACUUUCGGACAGGAAAUGGACAAGAUCUACAAGGAUCUAAUGAACAACGACGUCCUGACAAAUAUAAAGAAGUACAGUCGCAAACUGUUCGACAAUAUCUGGGCCAAGUUAGAGAAAUACAUACCGUUUAAGGAUGAAGUGGUUCAGCUGUAUGCUGAGUUUAAGAGUGCUUGGCAGACAUUCUUGAAGACUAAGCAAGUGGUCUAUAUUAGGGAGAAGUAUCUCGAAGCCUACGAGCGUCUACGCUGGUGGUACGACUACUUCUUGAUAGGGGAAGCGUUUUCGACAGUAAGCGAGAUCAUAUAUCAGAAACUUACGGAUAUGUCCAAGACUGCGCUACAGUAUGAGGAGUUGCAUCGAACACCAAAAACCAACUUCAUAUUCGAUCCGCGCGUUGGAGAGAUCCUUCUAGAACAAAAGCUACCCAUGUCAUGGCACGCGUUCAACAGAACACCAGACUUCUCAGAAAUAUCCGAAUACAGAACAGUCAGGGAUUUCUUGGACGACUGGCUGGUGACCAACAGGACUAUUUGGUCCUAUUAUUACGAAAUCAGACCGUAUAUGGAUUUGAAUAAUAUACUACCGCCAUUUUCGGGCAUGGCGGUUAUGACGGGCCAAGGCACUUUAGUGACUUUCGACAAGCGAGUGUUCACUAUCUCCGAAGCUGGCAGUUUUCUACUCAGCAAGGAUUACCGCCAAAAUAACUUCACAAUCGUGAUGACAAGCAAUGAAGAGGCGCGCUAUGAUCUUGUAGUGGUCACCAGAAGUUCCCUUAUACGACUCGAUUUGUAUAAGCAGCAAAUAUCCCUCGGCCGCGAUGUCCUAAGCCUGCCAGCAGCGAUUGACGGGUUCACGAUAGACAGACAGACUGACGUCAUCCAAGUACAGAGCCAGCAAGGAGUCGAUAUUGAGUGCAACUUCUUGUUCAAGUCCUGCAAGAUUCAGGUUUCAGGCUGGUGCUACGCAACCCUUGGCGGUUUACUUGGCACAUACAACAACGAACAAUUCGACGAACUGCGCAUGCCUAACGGUUCCUACACCACGUCUGUCACUGAGAUGGCCCACGGCUGGGCUUUAGGCCCAACAGUGGGCAAGCUGGAGAACCAUGAGAUCAAGAACGAUACGCAGUGCGAGAAAUUCUUUAUGAACAAAGUGUCACCGUUACAUCCUUGUUUCUCUAUCAUCUCCGCGGAGCCGUUCCACACGGAAUGCUGCGCGGGCGUGGACGCGUGCGCGCUCGCCAGCGCUUACAUGCAGCUGUGCGCUCAGCAACACGUCGCCACCCACAUCCCGGACCACUGCAUGCAAUGCGCAACGCCCCAAGGAGACGCGAUAGAAGAAGGCACGUUCCACGAACUACAAUACGUCCCCAACUCCACGGACGUUGUGUUUAUAGUCGAAGCGCAGAACUGUAACCGGAACCUGCGCAAGCGCAAGAAUAUUGACUUGUUCGUUGAGGCGUUUGAUAGCAGACUGCAAGGUGGAGGAUUAUCCGAUAACAGAUAUGCAGUGGUAGCGUUCGGCGGCUCGGGUAUCUACCGAUCGCCGCGCGCGCUCUACGUCAGCAACAACGUGUUCACGGACGCUACCGAGUUGCCUGUACACAUUGACCAUAUACAUAUUGAGAAAGCCGACCUAGUACGUAGCAACAAGACGCAAGCGGCGGAUAUGUUUGGCGCCCUGAGAUUCGCAACGAGACUCUCGUUCAGAACAGCUGUGCCGAGAACAUUCGUGCUGAUACCGUGCUCUCUGUGUGACGCUGAUAGUAUGCACAUGGAUUAUUCGACGAUAUCACACAAUCUGAUGGAGAACUCAGUGACUCUCCAUAUCCUCAUGGAUGGAGACUUCACAUUAUCUAAGAAGCGUGCGGCCAAGUAUCUAUUUGGAAUCGACAGCGCCCUAGCAUACACGAACAAGGACUACGAGCGUUUGGUAGGAGACGCUGCGUUGAGGAAACAAGUCAGAUUGCCAAAGGAAAAACUCGGUGUUUGCACCUCACUCGCUUUGGAGAGUAACGGCACAAUAUUCGCGGGCGCCAAACUGGCGGGCGACCGGCCGACCGCGCGGCGGUUUUCCACCGUCCUCGGGGCGCGCGCCGCCGCGCACGCCGCGCCCUGCGGCCUCAGCAAGUGCGAGUGCCGAGAGGGCAGGCUGCAUUGCAGGCCUUGCCAGGACACGCUGCUUCAUUCUGAGCUGUCAUUCUGGAAUUCUGACGAUAUAGACGAACUCAUAGACAUGGCUAUGGAGCCCACGCUGCCCGGACUGUAGACCUUAUGCCCCAGGAAUAUGGUUGACAAUGGAAUGAAGACAGAUAAAUAUAUGCAGCAAUACUUAAUGUAUAAAGAGACGAUCAUCUAUUUUUGUGCUAAAAUGAACUUUAGUUCGCAUGAAUAUAGUUCAAAAUCGCUAUUUUAUUUUUCAAAACCUUAAAUAUAUUUUUUUUACCGAAUAAGUACAAUUAAUUAAUACGCAACGCAAUUCAAAUAAUGUUAAAUAAAAUAAGAAAACCAAGUUUGGUUUACUUUGCAUGUUGUACAAAAUAUAAUUGUACAAUAGAAACAAAUGUAUGCUCAAGAAUUUAUUUUAGGACAAACAUAGCAGACUAGCCUAUGUGCCAUAGUUAUAUUUAGCAUGAAUUAUGUAAAUAAUUGAUUUUUUAACGAUAUUGUAAUAAACAAUAAAUUAUUUUUAUAAUA